ACCUUCCACUUCAACAAACCAUUGAAUACGAAGUUGGAAAGCUGCAGCCAAUGACGGGCGAUCUGUUCCACUAUUUCAGUGUUGAUGUUUUGUUCCAAGCCAGCGCUGACGUUGUCGCUAUUUUGGAUACAAAACGCAUGUCUCGAGAUGAAAUGGUUAAACACCAUUCCUCGUUAAACUUUCCACUCUUCGCAAUUUCGGAACACGAGGUCCCCAAGGGCAAACAGAUCCAAUCCGAGUCCAUGGAUGUCUGCUUGAGACCUGAGCAGUGAAACCGUGCCAAAGUAUACUCUAAAUAAAACCAUAGGUGAGUGGAUCGAGUUGCUCAUCUCUACGUGUCAUUGCCCCAAAAGAUCUUGGUGUCAACCCAUCUAAAGACGAAUGCACCAAUCAGCGAAGGCUGGAAGCAAAACUCCUGAACUUUCAUGCUGAGAAAGAUCCACAACGUUGGAGAGAAAGAGAUGCAUUUGCCUACCUUAACCCCCCGAUCCCUUGCUUCUCCCCCUAAAGUUUUUUAAGUUCUACAAAAGAAACCAAAGAAGUGUUGAGAGACCCGGCGUCUGAGCCCACCUCUUCUUUUAAAAAAAAAUAGUUAGCUAGCUAGCUACCUGGUAGAUAGAGGAGCUCUAUUGACUAGCUAGCUAGCUAUGCAUAGUUAGGUUGUUUUGUUGAAUCGAAUCAAUCAUUCAGAGUACCGGUAGGCUACUAGCACUCGCUAUAAUAUAUUAUGUGUUGUUGAUUCUGAGAUUCUAUUCAAUACCAUGAUGCUACUAUUGUUAAUAGUAAUCACCCCUCUUUGCGAAUGCACCUGUGUUUUCCAGACCUCUUGGCAUUCGGCAUGUGGAACCCAAGCAAAAAACGUAUGGCCACCAAACGGCGAAGGAAUCUGAAUCUUUUUGCGACCUCAAACUCCGUUUUCUACAAAAACACUUCAGAGGCUGUGCUAACCGUGAUAGAAUUUCUAAUCUCAAUAAAGCAACUUUUACAUUUACGCCUUUACUUGACUAGAUCUAUACUGACGUUUUUGGUGGAAAUUUGAUGGAAAAAGUCUUCUUUUUAAACACAUUCAACACAGUAGACUAUGCUCUAAACCUUUGGCCUCAAACCCAUUCUUCGAUUCCAUAAACUCACGGGUUCCAUUGAACUGAAACAUUGUUCAUUCUUUUGUGCCGAUCUUUCCCUCUCCAGCCACAAACCAAGUAUACCGUACUAGUACCGUUGCUGUUGCCGUCAUUGUUGCCAGAAGAGACAAUAAGUUAAAUAUUUUCACCACCAAGACAAGCAAGGAUUACAACAAGAUGUGCCUAGGAGGAAUGACCGCUACCAGCACCAACAACGCCGAAGGCCAACAGCCCCCCAAGACCAUGGAUGAGAUUGAGCAAGAGGUAUGGGAACAGAUGACACCUGCCGCCUGGCACGAAAGUGUGGCCAAGAAGGGGUCGAUCUUCUGUGAGACCUACGAGGAAACGAGGCGUCAGAUUGCCGAAGUCGCUGUCCGUGGAAACCAUGACUGCAUCCUCGAAGUCGGGUCUGGCACCGGUGAUAUCAUCGGAUUGGUCGACCAGAAUGCCGAUGCCAGCAUUGCCGACCGUUUGGCAGAGAUUCCUCGUUUUGGCUUGGACAUCAACCCUGAUUUCGUCGAGUUCAGCAAGAGUACUCACAACACGGAAGGUCGCUGCACCUUUCUUGUCCAGGACGUCACUGUCAUGCUCGACGAGUUCUGGUUAAAGAAUGGUUAUGACCAGCAGUUCCAACGUCCUUUGGUUGUUUGUGUGAAUAACACUCUCAACAUCAUGCCAGAGAAGCUGCGUGGAGCUACAGUUGCUCAGAUGCUCGCCAUUGCAGGAGACGAAGGUCGCUGUGGAGUCUCUUAUUGGAAUGGAAACUUCUUCAGUCAUGCUGUCAUGAACUACUACAAGAAAAAUGGCAACCUCUGUGGAAAGUUUGAUGUCAACAAGCACGUCAACUGGGAAGAACGUCACCUCAUGACUCCUACCAACUACUCCACCAUCUGGCAUUACCCUGCAGAAGUCCAACAGCUUCUCAGGAGCUUUGAUGUUGACGUGGACGUCAUCACUGAUGCAGAUGAAGGUCUUCGAAUCGGAGAAGACCAUAUGAACCUGGGAGGAUUGGCCAUCUUUGCAUGGUUUUCUUCAGAGUGCACAUCUCGUGCGAAGGGAUACUACGAUUCCGAUGACGCCCAAAAGUUCUACAACAAUAUUUGGGGAGAAGAAACCAUCCACAUUGGACGCUAUGAUAUGCUUACUUCAGACGACAAGUCCAGCCUGAGCAACCACCAACUGAUCUCCAAGGCGCAAGAGUACCACGAAGCCGACUUUAUCAAACUCAUCCAGUCCAAGUUCCAAGACAGCAGCAAGGUGCGCAUCCUUGAUAUGGGAUGUGGCUACGGAGGACUGUUGCGACGACUAGUGGAAUCAGGGCUGGUUUGGAGUGCCACUGGUUGCGACAUCUCGGUGAAGAUGUGCCAUCAGGCACGUCGUCUGAACGAAGAACACAAGUCGGCCGACGUCAUCGCGAUCCUCGAAGAAUCAUACCUUGAUACCAGCGUCAAAGACGAGAGCGUCGAUCUGGUCAUCAGUAUGGAUGCCCUACUGCAUGUUGGUCCAGAAGGACAACGUAAAGCCAUGAAGGAGGCUUCACGUGUGCUGCGGCCUGGAGGCUGGAUGAUUUUCAGCGACAUUAUGCAACAGGAGAAUGCCGACCCCGAAGAGAUGCAACCCAUCUACAACCGCAUCCAUCUGAGCAAAAUGGGAUCGGUUUCUAAUUACCGCGAUGCCAUGGAAGCGGUCGGAUUUCGCAACUUUGAUUUCCUACAGGCCGACUCGUCCAAUGUAAGCAGCCAUUACGGAACUGUCUGUAAGGUACUAGAAGAGAAGGGGGACGAGAUUGGCAUCAGUCAAGAGUAUCAGCAAAACAUGAAGGCCGGACUCUGUACCUGGAGGGAUUUGGCCGCUAAAAACAUUGUUUGGGGCUUUGUCCUCGCGCAGAAGACUGUCAAGGUUGAUUUGGACGACGCUUCGCUCUGAGUGUGAUAGUUCUAUUGGCUCACCGAAGCCCAGCAAUUGCUGGGCGUUUGUGUGGAUUGUACAGGAUUAACCAAAGGCUAUCCCGGUGUACGUCCACUUUGCUGACAGUACUGCUUGCUCGGUAGUUUGCGAGUGGCUCUUCCGUGGGCUUCCUUCGCAAGCAAAGAAUCAAUUGACUCGUUUGCACACUUUUUAAAAUAACCCCUUUGCUUGCACACCCACUACAACUGCUCGUUUUGCCGUCUCAACCAUUUAGUGCUGGCAUUACAUGAAAACUAGUAGAGAUCUUGCAGAGUUGGUCUGCUUUGAGGCACCCCGAUAGCUAUCUAGCU